GUCCAGUCCAAUCAUGCCUCACAGACCCCCCCGCGUCUGGCUCCUCACAGGCUGCAGCUCCGGCUUUGGCAAACUAAUGGUCCCCGCCAUCACUGCCCGCGGAGACGCCGUCGUCGCGACUGCGCGCAACAUCGCCACCCUAGCCGACCUCGCAGACCAGGACAAUGUCCGACUCCUCCAGCUCGACGUGACUGCCUCGCAGGACGUGCUCGACGAGACCAUCGCCACCGCCAUCGCGCUGUUCGGCCAGAUAGACGUCCUAGUCCACAACGCGGGAUACGUUCUCUCCGGCGUGUGGGAGGAAGUCAGCCACUCGCAGGUCCUCGAGCAAUUCAACACCAACUUCUUCGGGCCCAUGAAUCUGACCCGUGCCCUGCUGCCUCAUCUGCGGACCCGGCGCACGGGAACCAUUAUCUUCAUGAGCAGCAUUGCGGGCUGGUUGGGCGUUGCUGCUGGGGGGCCGUAUAGUGCGUCGAAGUUUGCACUCGAGGGCGCGAUCGAAAGCCUGCACAAAGAAACCACCCCCCUCGGAAUCACCACCCAUCUCAUCGUGCUGGGUCAAUUCCGGACGGACAUUCUAGCCGCAGGCAGGAGGGAGGUAGCUCGUUGUGUGGACCCGGUGCCCGAGUAUGAUUCUCUAGUCGGGGCUCUUGCGUCGAGGCAGGAGGAGACGCAUGGGAAGCAGCCUGGGGAUCCUGUGGUGGCUGUGGAGCGGAUUUUGGAUGUUGUGAGGCGCGAGGGGAGGUUCUUUGGGACGGGGGAGGUUCCUCUGCGUGUGGUGCUGGGGUCUGAUGCUUUAGGUAUUGUGCGGGGGCAAUGUUUGGAGAUGCUGGGGGAGUUGGAUGCGAUGGAGGAGGUGGUGAGGAGUACGGAUUUUGAGGGUGCGAAGGAGGUUCAGGAAUAUAAGUAGAUGAGAUGGAUUUGGAGCAUGUAGACUGAUAUAUGUCAGGCAUUGCUUCUUUCUGUUUGCAUAUUGGAC